AUGCGGUUCUAUGGUAGGUGUGAGAGAUUAGAACCAAUUUCUAAAACAAGGUUAGAAAUGGCAUUGGAAUAAGAAACAACCGAUAUUGAGUAGCAACGAAAAGGUGUUGAAAAGUAACUGUAGGGAAUAUUUCAUUCUAAUUUGCAGACACUUUUUAUUUAGUACAGAAGAAUCUGAGAUUUUUUUUUUCUCUAUAAUUGUACAUUUCUAUUUUUUUUUGCGUUCGAUCCUGUCCUUUUUUAAAAUCUUAUGUUAUUUAAUUGAAUCAUUCUGGCGUUUAUUUUUUACAAAAUAAGAUGGCAAUAUUGGAAGAAGAUAUAUCUUAUCCCUCGUAAAUACCUUUUAAUAACAUUAACUCAGAAGCAGUGAGAGACAAAAUGUCAGCUGACAUUAGUUUGUUCGAUUUGGUGAACCUGUCGAUCGGGACACCUGAAGUUGGAGCUGUCAACUUCAAUGCGUUGCAUACCCUCCUCCACGCUAUCCUGGGACACCUGAAAAUCCAAAAUGUGACCACCGGCUGGAGAGAGCAGGAUGCCCCGCCACAGGAGCCCCAUGCCCCGUAUCUGACCAAGUCCUCUAGCCCGUACCAUCACAUGGAAGACAAACUUCGGCAGAUAGAGACAGAUGGCCGCGCUGGAGAAGCUUCCUAGCGGUACAGAUCUUCUGAGCCGCACUGCCUCAACCACAACACCGGUCAACGACUUGUGGCAGCUGAUGCAGCUCCGCCCCAAGGCUCAGGCGAGUGAGGACGGCGUGUCCAAGUCUAUAUUGCUGAUCCAGGAUCUGCUGAAGGAGAUCCAGGACCUGCAGGAGUCCAGAGACGACCUGAAGAAAGAGAUCAAGAGCCUCCAGAACCAACUCAACCAGCUGAAUAUGAGUGAGCUGGUUGACAGAAUCAACGAAGUGGAACAGUACUGCCACCGACUGGACAACCUGGACUCUGCCACCAAAGACCUGCAGGACAGAGUUGGGCGUUACCCAGACCCAGACGAGCUCAUCCAGUGUGUGACCUGGGACAUCAUGCAGACCACCUUGGUUAGCGAGCAACAGAAUCUGCAAAAGGCAUGUCUUAUGUCUCGCUUGAAAGAGCGAGAUUCCUUUAUCAAGCAAUCAUAUACAAGACAUAGGAAUAGACAUUAGCUUUGUGUUGAUGGUAGCUAUUUCUCCAAUAGG